CUGACGACGAAGUGGGCGGGACGAGUGCGUCACCUCACGUUCAAUGACGUCACGGAGCAUGGCGCGUGCCGACUGUGAGCACCGCAGGGCCGAGUGACAAACACAUUUCCUCCCCUUGAUAACACCACAGUCAAACGAAUCGGGCAAACCGACCUCAAUUGUCCGAUGCGCACAAGGAUAUUUGCGGCAUGCUUGAACAAACAUCGCGCGUCUAAUUCCUGUUGUAAGCUGUAGGGUUGUUGCGCGAGUACCGCACGCAACACAACCCACAAUUGCCUCAUGGUAUCUGUUGGCGUUUAAAGCUGAUAAGAGUCUCCAACUCCUUAAUGAAGAAGCAAUACACGUCCUUUGAAUAUCUACCUAUGGUGUCAGUAUUGUGAACAAGAAUUCAACGAUGCUUCAGGAGGAUGAAGAAGGCCCUGCGAAGACGGUGUUUUUGCGUCAGUCAAGCUGGGACCUACACCAUUACAAUCAAAGACCAGUGUCAAUAGAUCAAGAAAGUAUCAAGUCGGCGGGAAUAGACCCCAAGCAAGUUCCAUGGUGGACGUCGAAGCGCUUCCGUUUGUCAGUGCUGUGUUUCUGCGGCUUUGCCUGUCUAUAUGCUCUCAGGGUGAAUCUCAGUAUAGCAAUGGUCUGCAUGGUGAAGGAUGGCCAUCACAACUCAACACACGCCGCGUCACCUAACAGCACUAACACCACAAGUCAUUACUCAGUAACAGCUGAUGCACAGCAAUGCCCUGUCCAAGCUUCAUCACAUUCGGAGGGAGCUGAGUUUCUAUGGGACAAGCAACUGCAAGGGUUGCUAUUAGGGGCGUUUUUCUGGGGAUAUUUAGUUCUACAAGUACCUGGAGGGAUGCUGAGCGAGAGAUUCGGCGCGAAAAAGGUGAUUGCUGCCGGCAUGUUCCCUGUUGCCGUCUUGAACAUGGUGACACCACUUGCAGCCCGUGGAAGUCCAUAUCUCCUUCUGGCUGUCCGUGUAAUAGUAGGAAUUGGGGAGUCAGUUAUGUAUCCAGCGGCACAAGCUCUCUGGGCGAACUGGGCUCCUCCUUGGGAACGUAGCAGACUCAUCGGUAUAUCAUUGUCAGGGGGACAGUUUGGUAACGCUUUAAUAUUCCCCGUUGGAGGUCUGCUCUGCAGUUACGGGUUUGACGGUGGAUGGGCAUCUAUUUUCUAUGUCAUAGGAAGCGUAGGACUUUUAUGGUGUGUUAUCUGGACGAUAUUUGCUCACGAUCGGCCAGAAUCGACCCCCGGAAUAUCGGACCUGGAGAGGAAGUACAUCUCAAAAAGCCUCGAAGAGAGCAAGAAACAACCUAAGGGACAUACCCCAGUAUGGGCCAUCAUCAUCGCGUUUCACACCUGUGGCAUAUCUGUCUAUGUUGGAUAUACAUGUAUGUUUCUUUUGACACAGAUCCCCACGACAACUCCCUACAUGAAGGAGGUGCUCAAAUUUGACAUCAAACAGAACGGAGUGUACUCUAUGCUUCCAUACUUGUGUUUCUGGGCCUGUAUCUCGAUAUCUGGAGUGUUCGCUGACUUUCUCAUAUUACGGAAAAUACUCUCCGUUACGUGGACACGGAAGGUUUUGUCUCUCAUAGGAAUGGUGGGGCCGGCGGUGUCGUUGAUAGGCGUGGCCUACAUGGACUGCACACAGCACGUGGGGGCUGUCAUUCUGCUGUGUGGCGCUGUUGGCUUGUGUGGUUUUCACUUCUCCGGUUACUUCAUCAACCACGGCGACAUUGCCCCCAACUUCGCCGGCACUCUGUUCGGCAUCACCAACACUGCUGCAACUGUGCCUGGAAUCUUGGCUCCCUACAUCGUCGGUGCUGUAACUCCUAAUAAAAGCCAAGAAGAGUGGCGAACGGCCUUCUAUAUAUGUGCCGGAGUUUACAUAUUCGGUGCCCUUGUGUAUCUGGUGUUUGGUUCCGGGAAACAGAGACACUGGGCGAGAGUUAUUGACAAAAUGGAGGAUGAGAAAGUAUCACUUAGGAAACCAAUAGUAAAUGGACACCGCAAAUCAAGGACAAGCCAGCGUGGUACCUACUUUGAUAAUGAAGAGAGCCAUGUGACCAUUGAGUGUGAUCCUGGUGAAAGCUAUGCUGAAUCUGCCAUUGUAUAGAUAAUCUCCUGACCAAAUGACACAUGACCAAAUGAGAAUAUAUUUUUCUUUGCAGCCAUGAACGGAGUCCUUGCCUUACAAUAUAUUGCACCAUGAAAUAUUGUAUACUUUAUUUUGUUACUAUCCUUUACUAAGGUUACUGAACAUUCUUUUACCAUGGAUGUUAUCAUGCACAUUAUUCGGACUAUUUUACGGAAUAGUUUUAUUUUUCCAAUGAAAUGAAUCAGUGUCUUAUGUAAAAUGUAUUAUAUUGUUGCGCGCGUUAUACAAAUGAAUGUUUAUGAAAUGCUGACGAUUUUAUAUAGGACAGCAAGAGGACACAUGUUGAAUCAAUGAUGAUCUGGAAACAACGGAUACAGGUCGUCCGUAGCUCUACAACUGUUUUGUGUAUGUGCUUAACAAAGAAACAAACAAGUGGUCGUGUGGCUACAACGGUUUCACCCUGGUAGAUUAGACAGUCGUAGAGCUCCAUUUGAAUGUCCGGAGACAUCCCAGUUUGAAUAGUCUGUAUCAGUAUUAUGUAUAACAACUUCCAGCCAAUACUUACAUGGCAAUAAUGAUAUCAUGAGCCUCUUGAUUAGUCUAGACGGUUUUACAGAAGUUCGUGUGUUACUGUUUUCAUAUGCAUAUGUACAAACAGGUUAGGCUCCAUGUAUUCACCAAUUGUAACACUAUAGUGCUCCAUGCCUCUAUAUGUCCAUGCGCUUUUUCCAGAACUUGCAAGUGGAUCAAUAUUGCCUUUAAAACACAGGACGGGUGUCUCACGUGCCUGUGUAAUUCUCCUAUGCACAAUAAUUAUUGAGAUUAUGAACUUCGUGCCUAAUUGCAGUCCAACUGCACAGCAUUCCUAUUUAAUAUGCGAUAGUCAAGCUCUCGUAAUGCUUACUUUGAAUGAAAUAACUUCUGUAAGUGGCAUUUGUAGCUGCAUGAUGAAGAGGAACAAUCUUAUGGAUAGACAACUUGUUCAUUCCAAUAGAUGCGAAGUUUCGGUGUAGAUGUCUCCUCUGUUGCAAUAAAGAAGUUGUCUAUCCAUAAACAAAAUGUUCAUCUACUUGAAAUAGUAAAAAUUAUUUGCAAGUAUUGACACUUCUUUGAAGUCUAGCCUUGUAUGUAUGAAGCCUUAUAUUGGGAAGGUGCUAUCUGUCUAAGAAACCUUUGUUUUGUAUUGCUCCAUGAGCGUAUGUGUGGUGUGAGUGGUGUUGUAUACUUUAGAUAUGAGUGUUAUGAACACGGAUACUUGAAAUUAAAAAGUAUUUUCUUGAA